CCAUUUCCCUCCCAAUUUUCACUCAUCUGAGUCCCGAUUAAACCAUAUCCGCAAAGAUGUCUUCCCUUCCUGUGGCUCACUUCCGGUUCUCAGCACUGGCCAUGCGAUUCCCUUACACCAGCGAGCGCUCAUUACAACCACCUCUUUCCUUCUCAUUCCCCUCGAACCUCUCUCUCCGCUGUGGUCCCAUGGGAAUUUCCAGUGCUCGCCUACCUUCCAAAUUCGAGGUUGCAUUUGGUGGAGGCAAUGGAAAUAAUGGGGUCGGCAACAGAGGCAGUGGUGGUCGCGGAGGAAACAAUGGAGGGUCUGGAGGGGAGUCAGGGGACGGUAAUUAUGAAUCUGAUUCCAACAUUCCACAGAACGGUUUAACCAUUGGGUGGAAAAAGGGGGUUGAAGCGGAUGCUCAGCUCCCUUUCAAAGUUCUGAUGGAAGAGGUGAUUGGGAUCACUGCUUUCGUCCUAGGCGACGUAGUUCUUCGUCUUAACUUUAACUUUAGCCAGUUCCAUUCUGUCUUCUCCACCUUGGUGAUCGGCAUGAUUCAUAAUUCCAUUCUUUUGUUUUACCACCUGCUUACCUCCUCCUCUGCCACUUUUUUGAAUCUCCCAGCCGCCAUCUUUGCAGAUUCUCCAAAGACCCACAUUUUAACGGCAGCGGGAUUUGCAUCUGGACUUGUUGGAACUGCCAUUUCAAAUAGGUUGAUCAAGUUGGCAAAGAAGGUGGAUUCCGAAUUUGACCUGCCCAACUAUCCUCCUUCCCCCAUCUUGAACGCCCUCACUUGGGCCAUACACAUGGGCAUCAGCUGUAGUCUGAGAUGCCAAAUAUCCACAGGGAUCAACGACAUGUUGGCUAAGUUGGUUCCUCCAUUGGCCUUCAACACAUCAGUGCUGGCCCUCAGAUGCCUGAAUGGUAUUCUUGGGGGAAUGUCUUUUGUUAAGUUGGUGAGCCUGAUAAGGUUCAUGGAGAAAAAUCAGAGAAUUAAAGAUAUAGAAAAGAGAACCAGAGAAAAAGAAAUGAAUUUCAAGUUGUCUGAGGAAAGAAAGAUGACACUCAGGUUAUCGCCGGCGAAUCCAUUAUUCACCUUUUGGAUGAAAGACAAACAUGACAAAGGUCAAAUUGUUCAUAGUGCAGGGUUCAACAUUCUCGUCUGGUCUAUGCUUUUCACUCACACAAUAACUGAGGAGGAAGAAACCGACUAAUAAAUGGCUUCAGUUUGAAUGCGUCGUUCCAUGAAGUUAAUGAUGAAUCAUUAAUUGUUGGCAUUGUUUGUUAUGUGAUUUAAUUACAUGUAAGUCAGAAUUCUGUUUUCUGUUGUGAUUUGAAGGAAGCAGAAUAAAACUUGUCAUUGAAU